AUGACUUCCGUCGAAGGUUCCUCGAACCGGCAUGACAGUGAACGGCAAUGCAAGGAGUUGGAGUGCCCGUCUUUACAUGAACUCGUGCCCGAGCUGUACCCGUCGGCACCUACAGGUACCUCUCCACGCGAUGUGUCGCUACCACCCGAGGAGCAAGAGGCAUGGUUCAAGUCUCUGCAGGAAACCCUCGAGGCAGCAAACUGCACCCAGGACAUAUCGUCCGGCGAAGACCACCCCUCGUUCCAGCGAGUUGACCUGCCAUUUGGAGAAAUAAACGACAUAUUACACAAGUUGCUGAACAGCAGAUCGCAUUAUAUGCAACAGGCUGCUGAGGCGUUGGCGAAUGGCAGUAGGAACCCAUUAUGGCGACUCCCUUUUGGACAGGCUGGAAUCUUGGACUUCUUUCUUGGAUGUGUUGCUUCAAAGGAAAAUGCAGACGUUGUUCUUCUCUUACAUUCCUUGCGGUUAAUUGGAAACUGCUGUGCAGAUACUGAUGAAAACAGAGCCAUCGUUGUGAAAGGCAAUUACACUGCUGCAAUUCUCCAGCACCUGCUUAACCCAGAGCUCAUCAAAUUUGUGCUACCUGUUAUAUAUAACCUUUGCAUGGAUUUUGAGCCUGCGCAGUCUCAGUUAGCUGCGAACAAGAUCGUUUAUAUACUUUUACGACUCGUCAAGGACGGGGCGCUCAACGACAACCCCUCUUUGCUUGAUUUCGCUUACGAACUCAUAGAGCUAACUGCUGAGCAAGAAAAAGCCAUAGAAGUGUGCCCUGAUGGAACCAUCUUGCUCAUGAUAGAACUUGCACUCAACGAAGGAUUUACUUCUACCAUCGCCCACUUUUCCUGCAUUACCAACUGUCUUAUGAGUAUGUUGGACAACAAACGAUUCCAGGAUAUUUGCAUAUCAACGCGCAUGUUAUCGACGGUUUUGUCUGUUCUCACUCGAGCUGUAGCUUUGGGAAUAGGCGCCUCUGCAGAUGAUACCCAGGUGCUAGCUCAAUUGCAGCUGAAGAUCAAUCAGACCUUGUCAGAGGUAUCUGCCUCACCGCUGUUCGCAGAAACAUACCCCAUUGGUUCUGAUUUAUCUCUUUCCUUGAAAUCUUGGCUGUCAAGCACUGAUGAGCAGCUUCAAAUUUGCUCUUGUGUCAUGCUGGGAAACCUGGCGCGUUCGGAUGACGUUUGUCAGCUCAUGAUUGAAAAGCUAAAGAUACACGAAGAGCUGAUAUCGAUCCUGAAGGGCGAAGCUAGAGGAGCCGUUUUACACUCGGCACUAGGGUUCUUGAAAAACCUGGCAAUAGCAGGUGACAACAGACUGCAUUUGGGAGCCGCGGGAAUCGUACCUGUGAUUUCCCGCCUAUGGAACUACGAGACCGUUCCCCAGGUUCAAUUCGCCGCAACAAGUAUUGCAAGACAAUUGGUUAUAUCGUCGGUCGAGAAUAUAACGCUUUUGUUGGAGACGUCUCCAGCAGAUCAGGACAGAACAUACCUAUCUCUACUCCUUUCGCUAUUCAAGAAAACGGACUCUGUUCCCAUAAAAACAGAAACCGGGCGCCUCGUCGCUUCGAUAUGCCGCACCCUUGUACCUAAGGCUCGUGCACAAGAGGGAUUAGCCGAGUCCCUUCUUGCACGGCUCUUCACGCAUGAGGAGGUGGCGCUCCCUGUUGGGGGUAUGGUUGUCCAGUCGCAGUGGCCCGUCGUCAGAAGCGAAGGUUGGUUUGCUCUGGCGUUGAUGGCAUCCAGCAAGCAGGGCUCCAUCGCUGCCGGAGAUUGCCUGCAGAAAAUGGAGCUAUUCUCACCACUCGAGGAGACUCUGGGCAAGGACUUGAGUGGCGAAACCGAAGAAGUGCAACUGGCCAAGGAUCGGGAAAAUGCAAUUGUUCUUCUUCAAGAAUUAUUGCAACACAAUCCCAACAUACUUCCUAUGUCGCUGAAAACCACCGUGCAGGAUCUGAUGAAAAAGCGCGUUUCCCAUCAAUCAAACCACACCCAGGGCAAUUAA